CGCCCUCUCGCGGGCGCGGGCCGCCCAGAGGGAUCGGUGCCGGGUGCCCGCACCGCGCCGGGCCGCGGAGGAGGCUGCGCCAAGCGGGCAGCGGUGGCGUGGGGACAGGCCGGGAGGCCGAUUCUGCGGGUCUGGAGCCCGGCAAGGCCAUGGGGACCGGGGCCGGUCGGCCGGGCGUCCUGGCGCUGCUGUUCGCGGUGUGCGCUCCGCUCCGGUUGCAGGCGGAGGAGCUGGGUGAUGGCUGUGGGCACAUAGUGACCUCUCAAGACAGCGGCACGAUGACAUCUAAGAAUUAUCCGGGGACUUAUCCCAAUCAUACUGUGUGUGAAAGGACCAUCAUGGUCCCGAAGGGGAAGAGACUCAUUCUGAGGUUGGGAGAUUUGAACAUCGAGUCCAAGACCUGCGUUUCCGACUACCUGCUCUUCACCAGCCCCACGGAUCAGUACGGCCCAUACUGUGGGAGUUGGGCUGUUCCCAUAGAACUCCGGGUGAACUCAAGUGAAGUGACUGUCCAGUUCCGGAGCGGAUCUCACAUUUCUGGCCGGGGAUUUCUGCUGGCCUAUUCCAGCAGUGACCAUCCAGAUUUAAUAACGUGCUUGGAACGAGGCAAUCAUUAUUCGGAGGAAAAAUACAGCAAAUUCUGCCCAGCUGGUUGUAGAGACGUAGCAGGAGACAUUUCGGGGAAUAUGAAAGACGGCUACAGAGAUACCUCUUUGCUGUGCAAAGCUGCCAUCCACGCGGGGAUCAUCGCAGAUGAACUGGGGGGCCACAUCAACCUGCUGCAGAGCAAAGGCAUCGGUCAUUAUGAAGGAGUCCUGUCCAAUGGUGUGCUCUCCCGGCAUGGUUCGUUGUCGGAAAAGCGCUUUCUGUUUACCUCCACAGGAAUGAAUAUUACAACCGUGGUUAUCCCGUCAGUGGUCUUCAUUGUCCUCCUCCUGGCUGGAAUGGGUGUCUUUGCAGUCUUCAGAAAGAGGAAGAAAAAAGGAAAUCCAUAUGUAUCAGCCGAGGCUCAGAAAACAGGCUGUUGGAAGCAGAUUAAAUAUCCCUUUGCUAGGCAUCAGUCAACUGAAUUUACCAUCAGCUAUGACAAUGAGAAGGAGAUGACACAGAAGCUGGAUCUUAUCACUAGUGAUAUGGCAGAUUAUCAGCAGCCUCUCAUGAUUGGCACCGGAACAGUCACGAGAAAGGGCUCUACCUUCCGGCCCAUGGACACAGACACUGAGGAGGCCAAGGUGAGCAGUGAGGCCGGUGGCCACUAUGACUGUCCUCAACGCCUGGGCCGCCAUGAGUACGCAUUGCCCUUGACGCACUCUGAGCCAGAGUACGCCACGCCCAUCGUGGAGCGGCACCUGCUACGAGCCCACACCUUCUCCACGCAGGAUGGCUACCGAGUGCCUGGGUUUAGGCCCACUCACAAACACUCCCUUUCUUCCGGAGGGUAUCCCCCUGCUGCAGGAGCCACCCAGAGUGAGGGCUAUCAGAGGCCAGCAAGCCCCAAGCCUGUGGGUGGUGCCUACGACAAGCCUGCAGCCAGUAGCUUCUUGGACAGCGGAGACCCCGCUCCUCAGUUGCAGAUGACUCCUGGGGCGACUGAUGGUUAUUCAGCACCCAGAAACGGUCUUGCACCCCUCAACCAGAUGGCCGUGACUGCUCUUUUGUGAACCUAAUGUGAAAGAACCUGCUGUGGUACUGAGCGAGCUCUGCUGCAAGUCACUGGAGAAGUGCGCGCAUGCCUGUGUGACUCUUCGGGAUCCUAGAGACAACCUCACUUACUGUUUACAGAACUGUGCAGCUGGUUUUGUUCCGACCCUUCCAGCAGAGCCGGUUGGUUUCUGGAUUGCUAGAAUAAAGAGACUUCUCAUUUCUCCAACUGUGAUGCUGUGCUGUAACAUGUGCAAUUUGUAUAGUUGUAUUUAACAUGAAUUAAAGUAAUGAAGUUUGUGGUGUUUGUUUUCUACAUAGGGGCUAAGGUGAAAGCUCGGAAUUUGCAGAGAUGCGUAAUAUAUGUGCCUGUUUCUCAGUGUGUUUGGUUAUCUGACACUGUUAGCUGGAGGUCUGUUUUAAAAACCCUGUCUGGUUGUGGUGGCUCAUUUCAUUCUUGAUAAACUAAAAGCAUUUUUUU